AUGGCGCCCCCCCGUUCCGUGGGUGGCAUGGCAUUCUGGGGCCCCAUCCAGCCGUUGGUUGUGUCAACCGUGAGCCCUCGGUCCGUCAAAGGCUGUCGCGGACGACCGCCGCUCGGGGCCAAACUCCUGGCGCGCCCCCGGUUCAAAUGCUGGCCAUUCUCGAUGUGCCAUCUGUCCCCCCCCAGCCAGGCCACCGGCAAUGAUUUGGGUCUCAAUCCCCUCUCCCCGCCCAGGCCCGCCUUGGAUCCUCCCACCGCCACUCAGCAACUCCGGAUCGAGGCCCCACCUGCGUCGCCACCACGUGAUCUCACCCGCGUGCCGCGCCAAUCCUCGUUGGGUGACAGACCCGCUCCUGCUGCGGACGAUUCGGCAGACCCCACCUCUGAUCCGCAUCCUGAUCCCAUGCCUGAGAGGAUCAUCGCCUCUGAUCCCGCGCCCCGCCCUGGCUGCCGGGCUGUCGCUUGUCCCCCCUGGUCGAUGCAGGCGGGCCCCGCUUCCCAUCCUAUGCGCGCCUCCUCCCGACCCCCGAUGCAUGCGGCUGACCCCGUCACCCCGUUGCAUGCAACUGGCCCCAGCGCCCCGCCCACGUCCUGCAUGGCUACAUCCCCUCUGCAUGCAGCGGGUCCACGUGCAGUUGCCGACUGCGCACCCCCUCCCGAGGCCAUGCAGACGCAUGUCCAGGCUCCGAUCUUCACCUCCAACGGCCUUGCGUCCUGCCCGAUUCCUGCGGAUGUUCUUAGCUACAUCAACUCUAUCAGAACGUGCACCUCUUCCGUUCUUGAGACUCCUUUCGCGCGCCGCAAGCGCGGUGCCGUGCCGCCCAAUUUCACGCCACGGCGCAGUGGUCGCCUGGCCAAGGGCGAUCGUGGCCUGGAUUAG